AUGGCAGAGGUAACAGAGAAUUUCUCUGCUUUGCAGUUUUGGAAGGCAGUGGAAAAGAAGAAUAUAUCGACGAAUUUCUCUGCACCGAAAGAGAGUAGUAGAGAGAAUAAACCGCAGCCACCAAAGAAACUUGCUUUUCCAAUGCUGAAGCCACCACCUGCACCCGAGGAAGAUGAAUUGCUCUCAGCACAAAAGAUAGAGUGGGACGAGCAGAAUGUCACUGGUGCAUUUGACUUUUGGAAGAAGAAGGCGAUCGAAAUUAAAGAGGAGACCGAUCGCUACAACUCUAGACGCAGUACUCGUGCAGGAACAAUAGAUCUAUCGAACAUGCUUCAGAAAACAGAUUCUCAAGAGUCGUUACUCUCGCCGAGUUCACCGCUGACACCGACCACACCAACCACUCCAACAACACCAACCACAACAACUACAACAACAACCACUACAACGACAACUACAACAGCUGCAGCAGCUGCAACAACAACAUCUGCUUCACCAUCACCAGUAACAGUACAACCUGAAGCAGAGCAAAAAGGAGAAAAGCAAAAUGAAAAAGUUGAACAACAAGUUGAUCAACUAAUUGCUGCAGUGGCAACAACAACUGUGGUUGAAGAGGAAAAGAUUGUUACAUCACCUUUGAAAGAUAUGAGAAGAUCAAGAUCGAUUAGUUGUGAGAAUAUUCCAAUUCAUUCAAGUUUUACAUCGGUUGAUGAAGAUGCAGAGUUGGUGAAACCAUCACAACAACAGCAGCAGGUUGUUGAUAUAAAGUCAAGUGAUGAACAAGAUCAAGAGCAGAGACCGGAUGACGCCAAAGUGGAUGACGACGACGAUGAUUCAUCGACUGGUUCGGUCGAAGAUUCAGAUACCAGCUCAUUGGAUAGCUACGAAGAUAUUUCGGAUGCCGACUACUCUGAGGAUGUAGUUAAGGAUAUCACAGAGUUGGAUCAACAGACAGAGUUGGACGAUUCCACUGGAAACAUGAUGGUUGUUGAUCAAGCAUCGAUAAUGACACAACAACAAGUUGAACAACAACAACAACAAAAAGUUGAUCAACAACAAGCUACUCCAACAGCUCAACAACAACAUGCUGCACCAGGUCAACUUCCAUUCGUUCAACAAGUGGAACUUCAACAUCAACCUCAACAACUGUCAACUAUGCCAUCGGCAUCACAAAUUCGUACCGACCAAUCGAUCCGUAUCGAUUACAACGAACAUCUCAAUGUCAAUCACCCAUCGAAUGUUCCAAUCACACCACCACGUCCAACCGGACAACAAAACAAAGCAUCACCCAAACGUUCGAUCGGUGCAACUCUCACCAGAACCAUGACCAAGACCUUUGGCAACAAAGAUCCAUCUCAAACCACACCAAUCGGCGGUUCUCCACUGUCCGGCCAAAACAAACAACCAAAGAAAGAAAAGGUCAAGAUGGACAAGGCCGAGAAGGAGUUACGCAAACAAGAGAAGCGUGAAAAGAAGCGUAAAGAUAAAGAGCAAAAGAAGAAGAGCAAGAGUAAGAACCUUAAAAAGAGUUUAAGUAUUACAGAUAUGAAACAAAAAUCACCAAAAGAAAAAGAAUUAUUGAAAAUAUUUAGAGUUAGAUUAUCUAAAUUGGUUGCAAGUAAUGAUGGUAAUCUACCAAGUUUUAUUACUUCUUCGAUUACUUAUCUUUCGAAUUCAGAGAAUGUCGAUGUUUCUUUUGUGUUCUUGGAUGCUCACAACGAUCCGGCCGUGAAGAACCUGAGAUCGUCGGCAGAGAACGAACCAAUCGAUACAGUCGAAGGCAAACUACUGAUAAGUGAAGCGUCGGUCGAUAAACUCAUAGACAAAGCAACCGAUCUCUACUAUCACCACACCGACGCCUAUUUCAGUUUGGUCUUCUUCAUCACCCACAAUCUCUUUAUGUCACCGAGCGAUCUCGUUGAGAAGCUGAUUGCGCUCUACAAGGAGAAUCACUUGGAUGACUCGUCCAAGAAGAAGUGGAAGAAGAAUCGUUCCUCCAAGAGAGAAGCCAAGAUAUCCGACGCCGUCAAACUCUGGGUCGACUACUGCUACCGUGAGUUGCGUGAGGACAAGAAAUUGGCACAGAGAAUACUCAAGGGAUUCCCACAUCUCGAGACUGCAUUGUCCAGUCGUCUCACUCACAGAUUCGCAUUGUCCGAUAUUCUCAAGGUUCCAAAACCAUUCCAACACACUCACACACGUAAUAGAUCGGCGUCGUUCGCCGAUACCGUUCUGAGUAGCGGUGCAUUCAGUAAGGAUCCAUCGAUGGUUGCCAAUGAGAUUGCCGAACAGGCGACACUCGUAGACUAUCAGUUGUUCAGCAAUGUUCGUGUCACCGACUGGGUUCGUUUGAUGCAGGGAAGCGUCGAUCCUGCUCUCUGUCCAUGUCUGUCCAACGCACUCAAGCGUUCGACUACCUGGACACAAUGGGCAAUGGGCGAGAUUCUCCAAGUGGAAGACAAAGCACAACGUGUUUUGAUCAUCAGUUUGAUGGUGGACAUUGCUGGGUGCUGCAAGGACUUGGCUAAUUUCAACACUGCCAUCGCUAUUCUCAAUGCCCUGUCCAACCACCAUAUCAAACGUUUGGCAGCGACAUGGGAAGCAGUUCCCAAGGAAACAAUGACCAAGAUGAACAACCUCACCGCUUCUCUCUCGGCUUGGUUCAACUUGAACGCCAAUUCAUUCACUCAGAUCUCGCAAUCGAUUAGCUCUGCAUGCGUACCACACUUUACAACACUUCGUACUAUUCUCCAGCAAUUUGAAGCGGCCGUCCCCACCAAGACUUCCGAUGGUGCUCGUGUCAACGUCGACAAACUCCGUCAGACAUUCUCGAUGGUUGUCGAGCUUCAACGUCUCCAACAACGUCAGUACAAUAUGAAGGCAUCGAAACUCUACUUCCAAUUCCAAGAACUCUCAGCUCCAUCUAUGGAAGAUCUGGCUGAACUCUCGCUAAAGAUAGAGGCACCGCCCGCCGCCAAGAACAAGCGCUACACUGCACCAGUCGACGAACCCAACGUCUCAUGGCAAGAUCAAGUCGGAAAGACAUUCGAUCGUCAACUCGCCCAAACAUCGACCGGUAUCGAUCUUCCGCGACUUGCAUGCUACUUUACCAUCGGCGGACAAUCCGUUUCGACUGGCGGUAAGAUCACAGAUAUCCACGCUGUCAUUACCAAUCUCAGUAAGUUGCUGCUGGUGGAGCAAGACGUUCCCGAAGGUACCGCCUCACUCGCCGACCACCUCGAAAAUAUCAGCCAGAAAUAUCAAAACUACAUUCCAUUCACAACAUCGCCCGAUUCCGAUUUGAAGCGUGACAUCUUCCGUUUCCUCGACGAGGUGUGUGGCGCUGAAAGCAAGGUUUCGCAGGUGCUCAAGUGUUGCAACCAAGGUAUUAUUGCGCCGGCCGUCAUCGAGUUGACAUUGAGCAUCGCCAAGAAUCUGCAAUUCAUGGAUGCCCAGGGUGCAUGGCGAAUCGAGAUUGGCAACAACGCCGAAGCCGGUACCACCUAUGUCAAACACAUCAGAAAACAAAAGGCACGUUCCAAUCUGCCCAAAGAUUACUUUGAUUUCGAGUGGACUCUCCAGACUAGAUUUGAUUAA